CCAAAAGCUGAUCACGAAAUUCGCGAUAGCUCAAAAAAAGAUAUUAUAUUUGGGAAGGCAAACGAACAGAUUUAUUGUCUAACAGAAUGGAGUAUGGAGACCGAGGGCAAAAUUUACCGGUAUAUCGUUGUUGGGACAAGCUAUAUCAAUGUUACAGCUUCUAGUCUCCUUAAAGGCCGUGUUCUAGUACUGUCAGUUAUUCUAGGCCCGUCCGGCGGUGUUGAAGUCCGUCGACGGUACCAGAUCCAGUGUGACGCACCCGUGUAUUCGCUUGCACCGUACAGCAGCAGUUCACUAGUAUACUGCUCAGGUCACAGCAUCAAUAUGCGGACUUUAAACGCGCAGACAAAGAAAUUUGAUGUUGUCGCAGAGAAAAAGCUUAGAUCCCCAGCAGUUCAGAUAACUGUUGCAGAACCUUGGAUACACUUAUCAUGUGGCGAAGAUUCAAUGCUCGUUCUCAAAUUUGAGGAUGAUAAAUUCAACGAACUUUUCAGCGAUGAGGUUGCUCGGAAUGGCUUCCACCACUUUCAGUUACUCCAAGGGUUUUUUCUUGCAACAGAUAAAGAGUUAGGAGUUGUGGGAUUAUGGCAACCUCCAGAUCGCCGCAAUGUCGAAAGCUUAGUCACUAUUAUAGAGGCUGAGCUAACCAGUUCCAUCUCCCGCAUACGGCAAGGAAACCUCCGGCCGCCUUGGUACAUGAAAGGGACCCCUCCGGGGACAAAGGCCUCAGGCAAGGAUCUUAUCGCCUCUGGGAUUGACGGUUCCAUGUUCCACCUCACAUUGUUAGAAGAGGAUUCAUUACACUUGUUACGGUACAUUCAAGACUUAUAUCGGACUAAAGCAGGUAUUGGGAGACACAGCCCCCAAGACACUGAAAAUGGAGUACGGGAUCCACGGAUGGGCCAUGUUGAUGGUGAUAUUUUAGUAGCGGUAUUGAAAUUAGGAAAUGAAUGGUUGAGAGAAAUGUUGAUGAAGUUGGACGAAACAGGUGGUUCUGCCCUUGCAGGUUUCACUGAAUUGGUCGGGAGAGUGCAGGGGAUAUUUCAAGAUGAGUCCGACCCUGUUAAUGCCGUCAUGAAGUAUAUGAAUGAGUUGGUCCAUGGAGUUGUCUUGUAG